AUGUUCAAAUACGUGGCUGUUGUAUGUUUGAUGGCUGCCCUGUGCUCAGGAGCCCCACAACAAAACAAUCAAGAUGUGCAGAUCUUGCGUUUUGACAGCGACGUACAACCUGACGGAUACAGUUUUGCAUAUGAAACUAGCGACGGCACAUCACGACAAGAGGAGGGUAAAAUUGACAAUCCUCAAUCCGAAAAUGCUGCUUUGACCGUAACAGGCCAGUACGCCUUCGUUGCUCCGGAUGGCAAGCACUACACUGUCACGUUCACCGCUGGUCCAAACGGUUAUCAACCCAAGACAUCCCUUGGCCAAAAGAAAUAG